AUCAUGAGGGGGGCAGUCACGUGGUACAAGCUAGUGUGGGCUUUAGGACCGUAGCGCGUCGGCGCGCUCACAGGGUGGAUGCAGAAGAAAGGAGGCGGAGGAGAAGCUGCCUGUGACCCGCGAAGAGGAUAGGGCGAGAGCAAUGCUAAACCAAGGGUACAAUUAGGAGACGCAGACACCGAGGAACGUGAGGUGUGUGUGAAUGUGACAGUGACACCCCGGAGGAUUAGCCCCAUUCUCCCCGCCAGGUAUCCCACAGCAGCUCGCCCAAAUGAACAUGUCAGCGUUGAAUUUGCAAGAAUAUGAAUUUGAGAAGCAAUUUAACGAGAAUGACGCGAUUCAGUGGAUGCAAGAGAACUGGAAGAAGUCCUUCCUUUAUUCCGCUUUAUAUGCAGCCUUUAUAUUUGGUGGACGGCACCUAAUGAAGCAACGAGAGAAAUUUGAGUUAAGAAAGCCCCUCAUGCUGUGGUCGCUUAGCCUUGCAGUUUUCAGUAUUUUCGGUGCUGUUCGGACUGGCGCUUAUAUGCUGUACAUAUUGAUGACCAAAGGCCUGAAGCAAUCAGUAUGUGACCAGAGCUUCUAUUAUGGACCAGUAAGCAAAUUCUGGGCGUAUGCAUUUGUGCUGAGCAAAGCUCCAGAACUGGGGGAUACAAUUUUCAUUAUCCUUAGAAAACAGAAGCUCAUCUUCCUUCACUGGUACCACCAUAUAACAGUAUUGCUGUAUUCCUGGUAUUCGUAUAAGGACAUGGUUGCAGGAGGUGGCUGGUUUAUGACCAUUAACUACGCAGUGCAUGCCGUCAUGUAUUCUUACUAUGCUCUCCGGGCCGCUGGCUUUAGAGUGUCACGGAAGUUUGCCAUGUUAAUCACGUUGUCACAGAUCACUCAAAUGAUCAUUGGCUGCGUGGUGAAUUAUCUGGUCUUUUCCUGGAUGCAGCAAGGACAGUGCCCGUCUCAUGUGCAAAACAUUGUAUGGUCUUCUAUUAUGUAUCUUAGCUAUUUUGUGCUUUUCUGCCACUUCUUCUUUGAAGCCUACAUCACCAAAACCAGGAAAGCUUCUAAGGCUGACUAAACACGGACUCCGAUGCCAAGUCACAGCUCAGGGUCAUCAAAUGUUAAAAAAAAAAUACAAAAAUAAAAGAAGGUUAGAAUUGAGCAACUGUUCGGAGGCAUAAAGAAAACCAUAUCGCGAGCACUUAGACUGAGACCUCUUAAAGACCGAGAAAACAGAUUGAUUUAGUAAAUGAGAUUACUAUUAAUAUGUGACAUUGUGUUACAUAGUAUGUCAAGGGAACUAAAUGUAAGGAUGGACUGUGUUGUUAGAUCUUUGGGAAAGCCUCACCUCUGGUGUGUUCCUACGUCCCCUAAACUACUGACACGACUCAAGAGCAGUCAGAUCUAACACUUUGCAGUAUUUGAUUUGAUGGGGUUAAAACACGUUGUGUGUCACGGACAAGAAGAAAUGUACAUUGAAAAACAGCCUCAAGGUUGCUUUCCCGUGAGAUGUGCAUCUGUAGGUUUGGUUACUAUCAAUAUGCAAAUCAAACCAGUUAGCCAAGGUGUUCACUACAGUAUUACCACAAGACUCUUGUUGUUCUACAUAUCUGUUCUAUCUUUUAUACAAUGUCCAGCUGCAAUUGAGUUCCUACCAGGUAUGGACAAAACAAAAUGGAAAGCCUCAUCAGUUGUUAAGGAUCUGCCUUCAAGCCGAACUAAAGGUUGCACGUAAAGUUAAAAUAGCAAAUGGAGUGUUUCACUACAACUGACAUGGAAAAGCCCAGUGUAUAUCUAUACAUCUAUAUAUAUUAUUAUAUAAAUCUUAAAGCUAAUGUUUUCUAUUUUUGUGAACCGUUUCCUUAUCGGAUAACUACUGCAGGGCUGUUUGUGUGUGUGUGUCUAAGGGUAACACUGUGCUUUUAUUUGUAUUUGCUUCGGAAGCAGUACAAUUCCAAUUAAAGUGCCCUCUUCUGGUACAAGUCAACAGUACAAUUCACCAUGCUACAAUUUCAUGCCACUUUUUCUCAAAGACAAAAAAUCGGAUAUGGAACGCGUUUUUUGUGUAAUUAGUUUACACCACAAUCGUCCGAUUUCCAGCCAUCUGUACUUUUCUAUGUCCAUGGACUUUUAAAAGCGAGCGCAAGGCUUAAGCAAAGAGUACCAUAACCAGGUUUGAAUUUUAGAUCUCAAGUCGUUGCAAGCCAUAUUCUUCAAAAAGACCGUAAUGUGUAUUGUCUGUAUAACCAACUGAAAAGAAGCCAAAUACAGUGUAUACAAAUUCCUAGUAUUUCAAGGAAGCACUUAAUGUAACUCGAUGUUAAAUGUUUUAAUGUAGUUUAAAUUGUAUUAGUUAGAUUAAUAUAUUAGCAGAGUAGAAGAGAGGUAUUCUAACAGGGACAGUCAGAGUGCGGCUCUCCAACUGUUACUAAACGCCAACACCCAUGAUCCUCAGCCAGCCUUGGGAGUUGCUUAAGGACCACGGCUUUCCUGCAUCUGUGUUAGUGGCUGCCAUUGUUUGUAAAAAUACAGUAAGCAUACUGUAAAUCCGAAAUAUGUAGGAAACACGCAGUCAUCAUCUUAGAGCCCUGUGGUUGGUAGAAGCACAUUUUCUGGCUACUAAAAAAAAAAAAAAAGUCUUUAAUUUGUGGAGAAGUUUCCACGAAAGGGAUUAUUUUUUAGCUUUAAUGGUGCUGCAAUUCAUGCUGCUUUUUAAAUAUUUAGUUUCCUAGUAGAGGCGAGCGAGACUGGUUCAAGUCUCCGUAAUAGUUAAAACAAAUAGGAGAGAUGUCAUGUAAUGAUGCAUUUUGUCUGAUCGGUUAUUCAGAGGCAGAAAUGAAAUACAUGCAGAACAACUGUAACAAACAAUAAAGUUUACACUUCUGUUAA